AUGGCCAGCGAGGUUGAGCGGCCAGGGACGACGUUCACCGUGGUGCUGGUGUCUGUCGUGUGCAUGGCGUCGCUCGGGUACCUGCUGCCGCUCAUGGCUGCCACCGGGGCGAUCGACGGGCCGCCAGCCGCGGAGGACUGGGGGAACGGCUUCUUUGCCGACGCUGCAGGUUGUGCAUAUAGUGACCUCACACGCUCCGCCGUCUUCGGCACGCCCUGGGCCAGCAUCACCGUGACGGGCGCCAUCGCCCUGGGCAUGUCCUUCAGCUUCUGGAGCCUCGAACUCUCUACAGCCUCGAUCGGCAUGCUCCUGGAGCUCGCCGCCUUCCUCUGGCUCCGCGUCAAGCGGCCCGUGAUGCCGCGCCCCGACCACGUGCCCCUGGGCACCGCGGGCGCCGUCGGCGUUCCUGGCGCUCAUCAUGGCCAUCACCGGAGGUGUACUACCGUGUACGUGACGAGCGCCGCGUUCACGGUUCUCGGGGUCGUGGUCUACUGCCUCGUGUGGCGCGCGUUCUGCAAGGCCCGCGGAUGCAUCACGUUGAUUGGUCAGCACCGAGGGCGCCAGGGGCGGAGCUACGUGGAGCGUUCACCAGGGUCAAAAAAUAAUUUUAGUGCUAAUUAUACAUAA